AUGAACUCCAGCAUAGUCAGUCACAAUGGAGGCAGAACUCUGAGCAAUACUAGCAGACUGACACGAGACAUCAAUGAAAGAGCCCUUUCGCUACUACAGAAGAAUCGUCAACAGAGACUGCUAUUAAAUCGAAAUGAAGACCGUAGACGAUACGAGCCAUCAGAGGAGCCAUCCAGGAUCGAAAGUCCCGUUCCAGCAGUGACCCAAAUACGAAGACGCAAAAUCAAGACCAAAAGAUACCGUCCCAGCGACGUGGCAUUGCAGGAAAUCCGAAAAUAUCAGCGCAGCACGGAUUUGCUCAUCUCGAAGAUGCCUUUUGCACGUCUCGUGAAAGAAGUUACCGAUCAAUUCACCACUGAGGAACAGCAACUUCGCUGGCAAACCAUGGCUAUCAUGGCCCUGCAAGAGGCCAGCGAGGCAUAUUUGGUCGGACUACUCGAACACACUAAUUUACUGGCUCUCCACGCGAAGAGAAUCACUAUCAUGAGGAAAGAUAUGCAGCUGGCGCGCAGGAUUCGUGGCCAAUAUAUUUGA